UUGUUCGCCGACUUGUUCUGCAGGAGCUUCAGAAAAUGGGUUACCUGCAUCAUAUUUUGGAAGACAUCGUGUUCUUGGGAGCAGUGUCACUUCUGGCAGCUUACCAACUGGCACGUUUUGCCAGGAAGGUUGGAAAUGCUCGCAGGAAGUUCAAGGUCGUACCCCCGGAGACAACUGGUGACCCUGGUUUUGUGCGACACUUCAGAGCUCAACAAAACACUUUAGAGUUCUUCCCAGUGUUUCUGGUGUGCCUGUGGGUGUCUGGGCUAUUUUUCAAUCAAGUUGUGGCUGCUUUAGUUGGUCUCUUUUACAUUUAUGCGAGAGAGGAGUAUUUUAACGGUUAUGCAGAGGCCACUGAAAAGAGACUUGGUGCUUUUAAGAAAUCUGUGCUGGCCCUUCAGGUGUUCCUGGUGCUGUCUUUGGCAGGCAUUGUGAACACACUACUGGCAUCUUAUGCAGGCAUUGAUAUCAAAGCUAACAUCGCUAAGAAGUAUCUCAACUUUUAAUAAGUAAAGUAGAAGUCUCUAUUGUCAUUCUUCAACCUUUUCACGUGUUUGCAAGGUGUUUAUUUUAGCAUAUUCUGAAGGUAUUAUUCUGUGUAGACAGAUAAAAUUAUACUUUUUGCGAAGCCCUAAAAACUGGCCAAUCCAACCAAUGCAGUUUUGUCUCCAAAAUCAAAUUAAAUAUGUGAAUAAAUUGCACUGAAGAUUGCUUUUUCAUAUGCGAAAAGGUUUAGGAAUUAGGGUACUACUGACUGUGUUUCUCUCCCAAUAUGCCAGCUGGGUUUGUACACCUACAUAAACUAGAUUUACCAAUACAUGUACAGUUACUUUUUACAUAGAUAAUUUUUAUAUAACACACUGUGCCUCCUACCACAUCCACACUGUACCCCCUACCACAUCCACACUGUACCCCCUACCACACUGUACCCCCUACCACAUCCACACUGUACCCCCUACCACAUCCACACUGUAACCCCUACCACAUCCCCUACCACAUCCACACUGUACCCCCUACCACAUCCCCUACCACAUCCACACUGUACCCCCUACCACAUCCACACUGUACCCCCUACCACAUCCACACUGUACCCCCUACCACAUCCCCUACCACAUCCACACUGUGCCUCCUACCACAUCCACACUGUGCCUCCUACCACAUCCACACUGUACCCCCUACCACAUCCACACUGUACCCCCUACCACAUCCCCUACCACAUCCACACUGUACCCCCUACCACAUCCACACUGUGCCUCCUACCACAUCCACACUGUACCCCCUACCACAUCCACACUGUACCCCCUACCACAUCCCCUACCACAUCCACACUGUGCCUCCUACCACAUCCACACUGUACCCCCUACCACAUCCAGGUACAACAUAUCAAAUGAAAUCAGUUUUUACCUUAUUUUGAUAAAAUAUGUACAUGAAUAUGUUUUUCUUUAUAAAAGCGUUUUGGGAUAAUUAUCGUAUUGACACUUCAGGGACUUGUUCAGUUUUAUCAGUUUGUUGAUAAUGGUGUGAAGAAUCCUUCAGGUUGUACUGUACAGUAACCGGAACAUUUUAAUGCAUUCAGUGUGUGUUUUUACGUGUCAGUUUAGCUCGUUUUGUGUUUGGCCAGUGUUUUAUUUUGAAGUUUUUUCAAAUUUGCUCAGAAGUGAAAUGUUUCCAUGUUAUGAUUUAUGGUAACACUAAAGUACAGGGAAAGUACAUGCAUCACAACAUGUAAAUAUACUGUGAUAGGUUUUAAGGGAAAUAAUAGGAUUUUCACAUUUUAUAACAUUUAUUUUGCAGUCAAAAACAUUGCACAGUACGCAUGCUGGGUUAUAUAUGUUAUAUUAUUGGUGAUUUUAGUCUUUAUGGUAGCUACUGAUAUCUGAAAUUUGCACUGUCCACAACAGCACGUACAGAGACAGAAAUAUUAACAUGUUUUACACUGAUUUGUUUUAGUUCUGUUCUGGAGAAUUCAUUUACUUGCUGUGGAUUUCAGGUCACAUUUACAGUAUUAGCUGUAUAUGCUGUCAAGCACAAUAAAGUUUAUAUUCCUAACAUGCCUAAUGGUUUUGUUUUCGCUCUUGUAAAUUUUGUUUACCACAGAUGUCCUUUCACUAUCAUUUUACCAGUGAGCUUUUCCCUUCAGUCUAGCUUCUGCCACCC